CCCGGUGUGAAAAAGAAAACGACAUUCGGCAAACUGGUCGAUUUAGUUCUUUUUGGCAUUAUUUGAUUUAAAAUAAACCUAUUUUAGGAAGUAAUAUAGUAACAUCUUAAAAAUGAAUGGUUUAGUGAAAACAACGCAAAGAGUUAUCCAAACUUGUGUUAAAAAUGCCAGCAUAACCAGCGCCUUGGUGUCCCGGACACAAGCUCCUGUAAAACGUGACUUCACAAGAGGGAUAUGGCACAUGAGCUGUUCCAGUCGUUUGGGAGGGUCUACAGCUAGCAAUAUAUUGCAUAACCACUCCAACACUUGCAGUUGCGGUUGUGGUCUAAAGGCGUUACACACAAAAGACCAAGAAACUCCGCAAUCAAAACGUAAAGCCCUCGGUGAAAGAGAAUUAGUUGAGUUCCUGACUGAGGAGAUUGUGGCAGAACGUAAAGCACAAAAACUGAAAACUAUCCCCACAGAGGUGGAAGGUUUCCAAGUCAAGGGAGAUGGUGCUGAGGUGGUCCUUACUAAGCAGCUUAAAGAUGAAAUUGUUAAAAUCACAUUUAAUGUGAACCACACAGUUGACUCGGAGGACUUUGGUGAAGGAGAGGUGCAAACUGAGAAACAGGAAUUCACAGAGAUGCGAUCCAAGCCUCAAUUUGAAGUUGAUUUAGUGCGAGGAGAUACUACUUUAGGAUUCACAUGCUCUUUCCUACAGGAACCUCCAGCAGCUGGUGAUGAAUACAAUGAUGUCUUCGGUAUUGAUGAGGUGACACUGUACAAGGGAGAGUGGUCGGAGAAGGUGUAUGCUGUAGCUGGAGAUGUACUAGAUGGGUACUUAUAUGACCUGCUGAUGAAUUUACUAGAAGAGAAGGGAGUUGGCAACGAGUUUGUACAGAAGCUGUCAGAUUUCAGCACUGCAUAUGAGCACUCGGCAUACAUUGCAAUGCUCGAGGGCAUCUCGCAGUUCACCAUUGGCAAGAAGUAAACAUGCUACACCAAAGGAAUGCUAAAAACUAUGGUAAUGCUGACACACUUUAGUGAUACGAAACUAUUGUCUAAUUCAGUUUUGGCAGAUUUUUAAAUGAUUCAUAAUUUUAUGACUUGUUUUAACUUGGAUAAAGUAAUUUCAAUAUUUCUUCCAUUAAGGGUUUUAUGUUUUUAUCAGAUUUAAUUUCAUUUAUGUCAAAAUAUGAAAUUUGCAUUUAUGAUGUUUAUAUAGACUUGUACAGGGUUAUUUUUAUUUGCCUAUUUUGUGUUUCUUAUCACCAAAGUGUUGGUAAUUAAGUUGUAUGGAAGAGAGAUAUUGAGUUCAUAGGAUGGCUAGCUUUAAAUAGUACACAUUUGUGUUUGUUGGAAAAUGUUUAGUUAGUAAUUUUUAAUUAGUUCUGAAUAAAUAUUAUUAUAGUACAAAA